UCCCUUGACAUUUGUUAUCAUUGGACAACCAAAAAUCAAAAUCAUGAUUCAAAUUAAUUAGCUUGGUCCGAUAGAUCGAUAUUAUUAAUAAGUGUAUCAACUAAUUUAAGAGGUUUUCGUGUACUGUAAUAAUCAGUCAUGUUUCGAAGAUGUAGUUCAGACGACUCAGAAUUAUCAGAUUCUGUUAUUAAUUCUAAAUCAGCGAUCCGGAUAAGUGUAUGCCUACAACGAUAUUUUAAGGACGUUCGCUCUCGAUGUUAUAUACAUGUUAUAAGGAAUCGACGAGUGCGUUGGUUAGAAAAGCGUUUACAAAAAAUAUUUUCGUUACCCGGUGGGUUUUGUCUUUGUGCCAAUGGACACUUAUUGCCCUCAUCCGAACCACUUGCAUUGCUGCGUGCUGAAGACUCUGUAGAAGUAAUUCCUCUUCUUGAAGGACAUGUGGAAAUGCUACACAAAAAAGAUUCUUUAGACUUGAAUGUAAACAAUCAGUCGGAAAAGGAAGCUCAGAAUGGGGAAACAGUAAGCGAAUCACCUCACACACUCUGUGGUAUCAAUCACUUCGCUUCCAUCUCCAACCACAGUCGGACGACAUCAGAAGGAGCCAAUAACGACGGAACAUCGAAAACAACAAACGGAGUUCCGGGCACCUCCAAACUCGAGAGCCACGAUGACACAGACGGGAUCACCACAUCGAAUCACGCGCAAGACUCGGUGAAUAAUAAUAACACCAGUUUUACAGGAGAAAAUAAAGGAAACGGUGACACAAAAGACACGGCGAUUACUUUCCACCAACUCAAGCGCCGUGCGCUCGCUUUGCUGGACGCGCACCGCAGCGCGCGCGACGCCGCCGACGCCGGAGGCGAACCGCCGCCGCGACGCGUCCGGCGGCGCGUCCGGCGUCGCACUCGACGCAACCCACAGCCGGAGCGGGAGAAAACUGAACAGGAAAUGGAGCCGGAGCCGGAGCAGGAGCAGGAGCGGGAGCCGGAGCAGGAGCCGGAGCCGGAGCCAGAGCCGGAGCCGGAGCCGGAACCGGAGCCGGAGCUGGAACCAGAGUUGGAGCGACAAUUGGGACCGGUGUCCGAGUCCCCUUCGGACUGCGAGCAGCCCGUGUCGCGCAACGGCGCGGCGCGCUCGCGGCGCCCGCGCGUCGUGCGGCCGCUCGGCGCGGACGAGUGGCCGCGUGGCCGCGAGCCGGACGAUUGCAGUAAAUAAGCAAUUCUCAUAUCCGAAUCCGCCGAUAGCCCGAUCUCGGAAAUAUUGAGAUUCGACUUGCAUGAUCACAGCUUAGUGCAAAGAUUAAACGAUUGCGCAUUUAGCUCGAUAUGUAUUUUUGUUAAUUUGUUUGCCUAAUCGAAAGGAGAUAAAUCGUUGUUUUAAGGUCGAUAUCGUCACACGUUCAAAUACACUCGACCAUUACUAUAUAGGCGUACACUACGACAAUAGAAAUAAAGUGAUAUGUGUGUGGAAUCAUAUGACUUUGUUAUAUUAUCUGUAUAUGGACUGAUUAGUAACAAAAUGUUAGAUUUUAUAUUGUUAAAUUGUACCUAAAUUAUAUGUAUAACUAAAAUAUAAAACAAUCUCAAUGUACUAAAUUGCUCACGGAGAAUACAAUGCUUACUUUAGAAUAUGAGUAAUAAGCUACACAGCUCUAAACAAAUAAAUGACUUGUAAGUGAA